AUGCUGAAAUUUCAAGAGGCUGCUAAGUGUGUGAGGGGAUCCGCAGCUGUUUCCACUGACUCAAAGGCCUUGAUUGCAAGACGAUAUGUGCUUCAGCAGAAACUUGGCAGUGGCAGUUUUGGAAUUGUCUAUCUGGUGGCAGACAAGAAAGCCAAGCCCGGAGAGGAACUGAAGGUACUGAAGGAAAUCUCCGUGGGCGAGCUCAAUCCCAAUGAGACUGUGCAGGCCACACUGGAGGCCCAACUGCUCGCCAAGCUGGACCACCCAGCCAUUGUCAAGUUCCAUGCCAGCUUCGUGGAGCGAGAGAACUUCUGCAUUAUCACAGAGUACUGUGAGGGUCGAGAUCUUGACUGUAAAAUUCAGGAAUAUAAGGAAGCUGGGAAAACCUUUCCUGAAAGUCAAAUACUAGAAUGGUUUAUCCAGCUGUUACUGGGAGUUGACUACAUGCACGAAAGGAGGAUACUUCACCGAGACUUGAAAUCAAAGAACAUAUUUCUGAAAAAUAAUCUACUUAAAAUUGGGGACUUUGGAGUGUCUCGACUCCUAAUGGGAUCCUGUGAUCUUGCCACAACUUUAACUGGAACUCCCCAUUAUAUGAGUCCUGAAGCUCUGAAACACCAAGGCUAUGAUACCAAGUCGGACAUCUGGUCUCUGGCUUGCAUCUUAUAUGAGAUAUGCUGCAUGAGGCACGCAUUCACUGGCUCCAAUUUCUUAUCCAUUGUUUUAAAAAUUGUGGAAGGCGACACGCCUGCUCUCCCUGAGCAAUUCCCAAGGGAACUCAAUGCCAUCAUGGAAAGCAUGUUGAACAAGAGUCCUUCACUGAGACCAUCUGCUAUAGAAAUUUUAAAACUCCCAUACAUUGAUGAACAAUUACAGCACCUGAUGUGUAGAUAUUCAGAAAUGACUCUGGAAGACAAGAAUUCGAAUUGUCAGAAGGAAGCUGCUCAUAUAAUUAAUGCAGUGCAAAGGAAGAUCCACCUACAGACUCUCCGGGCGCUGUCUGAAGUGCAGAGAAUGACCCCCAGAGAACGGAUGCGGCUAAGGAAGCUCCAAGCAGCAGACGAGCGAGCAGGGAAGCUGAAAAAACUUGUGGAAGAAAAAUAUGAGGAAAAUAACAAACGGAUGCAAGAAAUGAGGUUGCGGAAUUUUAAGCAGCUGAAUGUCGAUAUAUUCCAUGAAUCUGAUGAUCUGACUUCAGAGAACCUGCCAGAAUCUCAGCUCAUGUCUUCCCUGAACUUUGACACACCAGAACCUGCUGUCGAGGAUGCCAGAAGGGACCUUGAUGAUCACGAGAUCCCAGAAGACCCCCUCGUGGCAGAGGAGUAUUACGCAGAUGCCUUUGAUUCCUGUUCUGAAGAGAGUGAGGAGGGGGGAGAAGAAGCAUUGUUCUCUGGAUUGGAGGAAGAAAGCAGUGAGGAGGAGCCCCAGCUUUCCUACAGAACAAACCAACAGGACAGUGACAUUGAAGCACUGGUCAGGUGUUUGGAAAAUGUCUUGGGUUGCACCUCAUUAGACACGAGGACCGUCACCAGCCCAGUGCCAGCUGCAUCCCCUGGACCAACCGUUUUCAACAACACGAUGGCUGGAACCAAGAUGAAGCGCAUGAGGGAAUCUGCCAUGCAGAAGCUGGGCACGCAGGUGUUUGAGGAGGUCUACAGUUACCUCAAGAAGGCCAGGCAGCAGAAGGCCAGCGAGGCAGAGAUCCGGGAGUCUCUGGAAAAAGUGGUGCCCCGUGCCAGCGACUGUUUUGAAGUGGACCAGCUCCUCUACUUUGAGGACCAGGGACUGAUCCCAGUGGGAGAAGGGCCCAUACACCAGAAGCAGCACUAAGAAACUGUCCAGAAGAAGCAAGUUUCAGCGAGCGCUUUUCUUGCACAUCCGUAGACCUCACUGGCUGGGUGUUCUUCCAGGAAGCCGUUACCCAGCUGGAACUGCCAUCUUGCCCUUCACUUCCUUGACUCCUUUUGAGAGCCGGAAACACAUCUUCUGUGCUCAGAUUCCUGAACCAGUCAGUGUUGUUGGCUCUGAGCCGUGGAUGGAGUUGAGCUGUCCUA